CAUUCUUCUAUGUUUUCAGGUGCGCACUUUGUUCGUCAGUGGCUUGCCGAUGGAUGCCAAGCCGAGGGAGCUUUAUCUUCUUUUCAGAGCAUACGAGGGUUAUGAAGGCUCUCUGUUAAAAGUCACGAACAAAAAUGGAAAGUCCGCUUCGCCAGUGGGUUUUGUGACUUUUCACACGAGAGCUGGAGCUGAGGCGGCGAAACAAGACCUACAGCAGGGGGUUAGAUUCGAUCCUGAAAUGCCACAAACCAUACGUUUGGAAUUUGCAAAAAGUAACACAAAGGUUAGCAAACCCAAGCAACCAGCCGCUGCAGCAGCCACCUCGCACCCCGCUCUGAUGCACCCUCUAACUGGACCGCUAGGAAGUCCAUUCUUCCCAGGCGGACCCGAGCUCUGGCAUCAUCCCCUGACGUACUCGACGGCGGGAGAGCUGCCCGGAACCCUGCCGCACGCGACCCUCGUCCAUCCCGCGUUACAUCCACAGGUCCCCCAGGCGCCGAUAUCGCUGCAGCAUCCGACGACCCUCACCUCCAUCCACGCCUCGCUGCCGCACUUCUUACCCUCGCCGGCGCUGGCCUCGCCCGUCGGCUCCUCGUCCUCCCAGCCGAGCAUCGCCGUCAGCAACGCGCCCUGCUCCACGCUCUUCGUCGCCAACCUCGGCCAGUUCGUAUCCGAGCACGAGCUCAAGGAGAUCUUCAACAGGGAUGCAAGGGAGAAGAAAACGGGCAACCUUAAGAUCGAUAUCAACGGGAUGUGAGGCUGACGGAUCGCGUUAUCCACGGACUCGUAUCCAGGAGUCCUGCAUAGAGCGCCAACGACGAGAGACUGCAGUGCAGCGGGAGAGCGAAGCCGCAUUUGCGAGGUCGUCGCAGCCACGGCCAACUUCUAGAGCUCGGGGCACCACGUGAAAGGGCCCAUGGGACGUCGACGAGACAAAGCCUUGGGCCUCCAAGCUUUUUAUUUUUAUCGGAUCUCCGUGAUGGCGUGGCAGGGAGGAUGCAACACUUUUGACUAGACUUUACGUUUUGUCUUUGGCCUUCUUUUUUUCUAACGCCUUUCAAGAGCCUUUGUUAAUAUGAAAAAGUUUGCGCAGAGCUUGCGUUGUGGCAUAGCACCAGUUAAUCUAAGGAUAGACAAUUGUAGCGGGCGACCAGAGGUCCCAGUGUCCUCGUGGAUGGCGAAUAAUACCGACCGGCGGUUACGAUAUAGUGAGAAGAACUAAUGUAACUAAUGAAAGUAAGGA